CCCUCCCUGGUGCCUCCUUGUUUGCUCCAUUCAGUGGCGGGUACCGAGGCCGACGGAGCUCCGGCGGAUGGGAGCUGCUGUUGCACAAUAGAAACGGGUCCUCGGCCAGCAUCACUCAGAGGGCAGCAGCCGCAGGAGGAGGUAGACCCCGUUCUGGUGCAGUAUAAAAACACCCCGCCAUGUUCUCCCGACUACGAGUAGCUGCCACUCCCUGCGCGAUGGCACGUCGCAGCGCGCAUACGAAAGAAAAAGGCAAGCCACUAAUGUUAAACCCACGAACAAACAAGGGUAUGGCCUUUACAUUACACGAACGACAGAUGCUUGGGCUGCAAGGACUUCUACCUCCUAAAAUAGAGACACAAGACAUUCAAGCCUUACGCUUCCAUAAGAAUUUGGCAAAAAUGACUGACCCCUUGGAAAAGUAUAUCUACAUAAUGGGAAUCCAAGAGAGAAAUGAAAAAUUAUUCUAUAGGGUAUUACAAGAUGAUAUUGAGCGGCUAAUGCCAAUUGUGUACACACCAACAGUAGGCCUUGCCUGCUCCCAGUAUGGACACAUCUUCAGGAGACCAAAAGGAUUAUUUAUUUCUAUCUCAGACAGAGGCCACAUAAGGUCAAUUGUGAACAACUGGCCAGAGAAUGACGUUAAGGCUGUCGUUGUCACCGAUGGAGAAAGAAUAUUGGGUCUUGGAGACCUAGGUGUGUAUGGGAUGGGAAUUCCCGUAGGAAAACUGUGUUUGUAUACAGCCUGUGCAGGAAUACAUCCGGAUAAAUGCUUGCCUGUGUGCAUCGAUGUUGGAACUGAUAAUACAACGCUCUUAAAAGAUCCAUUUUAUAUGGGCCUCUACCAAAAAAGGGAUCGCUCGCAGGUCUACGAUGACCUAAUUGAUGAAUUUAUGGAAGCCAUUACAGACAGGUAUGGCCAGAACACACUUAUCCAAUUUGAAGACUUCGGAAACCACAAUGCUUUUCGCUUUUUAAGAAAAUACAGAGAGAAAUAUUGUACCUUCAAUGACGAUAUUCAAGGGACAGCUUCAGUGGCCUUGGCAGGACUGCUGGCAGCACAGAAAGCCACCGGUAAACCACUUGCAGAGCAGAAAGUGCUGUUCCUUGGAGCAGGAGAGGCCGCCCUGGGAAUUGCGAACCUCAUUGUUAUGGCUAUGAUGGAAAGCGGCGUUUCUGCUGAGGAAGCCUACAGGAGAAUAUGGAUGUUUGACAAAUACGGUUUACUGGUUGAGGGCCGAGAACAAAAGGUAGAUUCCAACCAAGAACCGUUUACACAUCAGGCUCCAGAGCAGAUACCAAAGACAUUUGUAGAGGCAGUGAAUGUACUUCGGCCUUCAGCUAUCAUUGGAGUUGCGGGAGCUGGGCGGCUCUUCUCUCAGGAUGUGAUCAAAGCAAUGGCCUCUAUCAAUGAGCGACCCAUAAUAUUUGCACUGAGUAACCCUACAGUGAAAGCUGAAUGCACAGCAGAGGAAGCGUAUACGCUAACAGAGGGUCGUUGCUUGUUUGCCAGCGGCAGUCCCUUCGACUUGGUGACUCUGAAAGAUGGAAGAACCUUCAAGCCAGGCCAAGGAAACAAUGCUUAUAUUUUCCCAGGCGUGGCUCUCGCUGUGAUCCUCAGCAGUGUUCGACAUAUUAGUGAUAAGGUUUUCCUAGAGGCUGCUAAGGCAUUGACAGAACAGUUGACCGAUGAAGAACUUGCACAAGGAAGACUUUAUCCUCCACUGUCUAAUAUCAGGGAAGUUUCUAUUUAUAUUGCUGUCAAGGUUAUGGAAUUUUUGUAUGCAAACAACAUGGCUUUCCAUUACCCUGAGCCUGCGGACAAGAACCGUUACAUUCGAUCAAAGGUUUGGACCUACGAAUACGAAUCCUUCAUGCCAGAUGUGUAUGACUGGCCUGAAUCUAAGGUUCACUGAUGCAUCAGAAGACCGCACUCCUCAGGCAGUAUGUUCUACUCUGCAGGGAUCCCUUUUUCAGACCAGUUAAAAUCACGAUCUUUGAGUCCUGUAAUUUAUUUUCGCUCGUUUUGUUGUCUUUUUUUCCCUUGUACCCUGUUUUUCACUUGGCGUAGAUCUCUCCCCACUCUCCCAAGGACCUGAUAAACUGUACGGAUAAUGACAUCUGUCACGGGAAUGAGAGAGCUCUCCAAAAUUAAUUUAAAUAAUGAUAUUGCAUUUCUAGCUUAGAACCUGCACCGCACUAAAGAAUUCCAUUAAUGAUAUUUUCGCUAUGUGCGUUUGAUGAUGAACUAUAGCUCUCUCAUCACUGCUGACUUCCAGAAUGAUUUAUUUCUGCUUUUAAUAAUCAGUCUUCUACUUGUCGUAGUGUUGUCACACUGUGACAUCACCAGAGAGCAUUUGUCAACGAAAAAAAGGACAGCUUAAGACAAAUUUAACAGUCUAAUGGGCUUUCUGUUUUGCCUGAUGUUUAAAGAUGUCCAGACUUCCUUGUGGCAUUGGCUGCUCUGUUUCUUUGCGCUUUGAAGAGCAGCGUGGUGCGCACACGUGGAAUCUGCAGGAACGUUUGUAUUCCGUGUUUCCAUCGUUGCGCAAAAUCUGUUAUCAGGAAAAAAUGUGAACUAGUUAAAAUUAUCCUUGGAAAGCCUGAAAUAUAAUAUGAAUCGCUUAAUAGCACUUAAAAACAAAGCUCCGCUGGUACGUAAUAAAUUAUAUCACGUAAAGGCAGGAUGGGAAGUAAUCUAGGGAAAUCUGUUAGAGAUUUUUACAAGAUUUUCUUCAGUGGACUCCAGGGUGAUGUACCAAAGGAUUUUUGUUCUGUUUGUUAAUUUUUUUCAAGGUUCUAAGUUGUUUUCUCCCUUGCAUACCCUUUUUCUCGCAAAAAGACUUGUGUGUGGUGUUUUCAUGACGUCGCUGACUCAAAAACUCCUAGGUGGUCUUGUUUGCCACUUCGAACAACCCCCCCCCGCCACCCCAUGCAGGUGAUGGAGCUGAAGCAGAAAGUGGUCCAGGCAGUUAUUGACACGCACAUUUCCAGAAGUUUUGACUGAAACGUUUCUUUGUGGUCUCGGUCCGGUAUGUUCAGUUUGAAUACAGGACUCGAAAGAUCUUAGAUGCUCUGAGUUGAUCACUUCGUCUCCUUCACUCCAUUUACAGGUUUAGUUUGUUAGGUGUUUUGUGUUAAAAAACCAAAAUCAAGUUUUCGGAUCCCUGGGAGGGCGUUCAGGGAUUGUAAAAAGACUUUGGUGUUUGCCUUUAUCCAGUUCGUGAGUCCUAAACAUGUUGCAGAGUUGAAUUUUUCCUUGCAGUGAAUCUUACUGCACCUUUGAUAUAGAUACCACGCUGUGCAUUCCUUUUCGUUUUGUUCGCAUCUGGCUUGAGUGCCCUCCAUUAUUUUGUUUUAGCGGGCGAGGACGCACGGCGAUAGUUACAGCCGGUGGCUUCUCUAAAUCUGGUCUCUGUAACAAGAACAAUAGUAUGUCAGGAACAGAAAUAAAUACUACGUGCUGUUCCGUAGUUUGCUGCUUCAAGGCAAAAAAGGACAAAAAUAAAUAAAUAGAAGAAAAAGGGCUAUACUGGCAAACUUGAAGCCGGAAUCCAAAAAGAUGAUGAAGUAAAGCUUGCUCAGGAUUUACCCAUGGCAAGCACCUCUCUUGUAUCCUCGUUUAUAUUGGAAAAUGCCAUCUCCGCAGAAUGGGCCCAAAAUAGAACAGGGAAAAUAGUCUCUGAACCGCCUUCGACACGGUCUCUGUUGCUUACUGCCGAGGCUCUGAUUUUAAAACGAAGUUGAUGUGUUAGAUGAAAACAACAGUAAACUUUGGGAAGGCUUUCCCUAAGUGAGGAGAGAAGACUGAUUAUAUAAACACAGAAAAUAGUGAUUGGGGUGGGAGGGGAGGGGGAAACAACUGCGUAUUCAAACUGUGGUAAAGUGCUGUCUGGUGGGGCUUGAAAUGCGACGUCGCCAAAUUGGGCGACGUACGUGGUUUGCAACUUGUAUAUGUAAGUAUAUGUACAAAAAAGACCAACACACACGUACGGUGUUUUUACAAAGAAUGUUUUUUUUCAUCUAUUUUUGCUAUGCCUGGUUUUUAUUGUAUUUAAAUUUGUGAUCUUACCGAGAAAUUAUUUAUUUAGUGUACAAAUUCUUUUUACCUCCGCAAAAUUCGGCUCCAGCUGAAGCCUGUUGCAGUGUGUCAGUGGAGUUCUGCAUCAUUGGAUUCAAGUAUCUUGGGAACGCACACUUCCUCAUUUCUGCCAACACACUAAUUAGGCAGACGAGUAACUAAAAUAUCCCAUGCACUGAUCCUGUGUCCUGGCUGAGAAUGAUCGCAGAGGCAGGGCAAUCGCUCCGUAAAUAUAACUCUGUCUUACAAAAAUAAAGAUCUGCAUCCAUCUAUUUGGUCUGAUUAUUUCUUUUUCAGGCAAAGAAGUGCAGUUUGUGGUGAAAAAUCAGUGGGCAUUGAUAAUACUCAGGAAAAGCUGCCGCUUGGGGAAAAUAGCGUUACCUGUGCGCAGUAGAGCCUUCCUUUGGGUGAUUUGGGUUCCCAAAGGGAGUUUUCCCGCGCAGGAAAACAGCAGCGGCCGCUGCCAAGCCGAGGGAAGGUGCCCGUUUCGUGAAGCGCGGUCCUUUCCCUCCCUGCUGUCUUUAAGCAGGGAUUGUUCAGAACUGGCCGCAGCGGGAUUUUCCUAAGGACAAAGUGUUCCUGCGUAAUUUUUCUGGAAAUCCUACUGCACAGGUGAGGGGAAAAAAACCAGUCAACCGACUGGGAGGCUCCGGUUGCAAUAGAGCCCUGCCCUGAUGGGGCUGUGGAUGUGUUGGAGCUCUCGAGUAGAGGAGAGCCUGACUGUGUCUCUCUAACCUCUCCUGGUUAUGGCAGCUAAAUGGUACCAGUUAGACUUCACCUACGCACACGCACCUGGGGACAUUGUUUAAUUGGGUUUUGUGGAUCUGUAGCUUGCAAUAUGGACACAGCGGAAUUUUACCUUUAAUGUAUAACCAUGGUUUUCCGUUAGCAACAGGUAAUGUGUCAGCUCACAAAAUUUAAAGUGCAUUUCACUCUCCCUUUUAUCUUUUUUUUUUAUUUUUUUUUUCAAUAAAAUACAUAGAUUCAUGUUCAAUAUUGUGUAUUCUUCAGAUCUAAUUAAUCUGAAUUAAUUGCAGCUGCUAAUCUUGCUGCUUAGUAAGGAACCACAGUAUACUUUUUUGGUACUCCACUUAACCUGAUGUUUUCUGUCUGCUGGCUUAUUCAAAAGCAUUUACCGGUUUUUAUUUAUACAGAAAACUCCCUUACGCAGUAUGCGAAGGGGAAAAAGUUGUCCCUGGGAUGCAUUUUGUAACGCUAGUGUAAGUUAAGUUAUACUCAUCUUAAAAAAAAAUAUAAAAAAAUAUAUAUAUAUUACCAAAAAGAUGAGGAGUAUUGUAGCUCUUCACACAGCCCUGGUGACCUUUGCCCUCCAAAUGGUAAUAGAAGUUCGUCUUUCAUGUCUCUUCUGUGAGGAUACUCAUCUGGAUGUAUAAAACACUUCCGAGAGGGUUAGAAAUUCCCACUGAGGUUAUAGCUCCAUUUUUUUCCAGGUCUGGUCCAAGACUUGCUUCCUUAAAAUCAACAGGAGCGGGACUGAGCCUCUUGGCAGCAAGGUAUAGAAAUGCCAUGGGGAGGAGAAGGAGGGUAGUUAAGGGAGCGCAGCCUUUUUUUAUUAAAUAUGUAUAUUCUCGUUCAAAGUUGUUAUAAAGGUUUGUAUGUUCCUGAAGCAUAUGCCCGCGUGCCAAUAAUUGACAUGUAGAGGAAGACAAUUAAAAUGUUGUAUCUAAAUAGAUUUUAAAACCCAGAUGUGACUCCGCGCCUAAGUUCUUGGUUAUGUUUGUGAACAGUGAUGUUUCAUGAUGUUGUGUUUGUUUUCCGAGCCUAAAACGAAACGACACUUCACGUGCGGGUCGGUGUUUAAUAGGUUUCCUGUGGUAGGUGUGUGUCUUCUCUGUACUGUUGUUUCCAGCGCGCUGUUUGGCGGGAAGGGGCAACGUAACCCUUUGUCGCACUCCUCUGGUGGUAACUGUAAAGAUAAAUGAUAACACCUUUUAGUUUUUCAUUAGCAGCCCUAUUUGGUGACUGCUCCUGUGGGAGGGUGGGGAUCACUGUUGUACAGCCACAACUGCGAAUUUUAGUUCAGCUGACUCUGGGCCUAAUUAAACCCAAGUUGUCGUCUUUCAUUUGCUCCGGGUCUUCUGGACUUCAAAGGUGCAGGUUUGAGCACCGUUGUUACUGGGAUAAAAGGUGUGUAUGAGACUCUGGGGUCGGACCGCAGGAACAGCACGGUUUGGACUCCCGUUCUGUCUCGGCUAUCAAUGCUAUUCCUGAGUUUAAGAAAACCACUGUUAUUUUGGGACUCUUUGAGAUGAUGUGUACUGCUGUCCCGUUUCAUAACAGCCGUAUGCAAUAAUCAGGGACCGGUGUUACAUUGAAUACUGGAGCAAGGAGAAAAUCUAGAGCGAAGCUCUAAUUGUACCCGCUUGACAGCUGAACUUGAGCAAUGUAACUCCAUUGCCGCCGGUGAAGGGACAUCUAAUUCUGCGCGCAUCUACCUUGACCUACCUACCUACUCCCGAAAUACCCAUCACCAUGGCAUCGGAACGCCUGCAGAUGUUCUGGCUGAAAUGCAGCGUUCCUCUGCUCUGCUGGGAGACGUGCCAGCAGCCAGUCGGUGCCCGGGGAAUCCAGUACCUGGUGGCAGGAUUGGACCGUGGCUGCAGGUGGUGUCGAAAGCUCUCCCCCGUCGGCGUCUGCGCUCCCCUGGGCGGGACGGGGCUCGCCCAGCGCCUUCGGCUUUGACUUACCCAUCCUGUAGUUCCUUUCUAAUGGAAAUGGAAAUAAAAACACUUUUAGGACUACAGAAGCAUUUUGUCAAGGAAUAAAGUGUCAAAAUAACGUACAUUUAUUUCUAUCUUAACCAUAUCUACCUUAAACAAAUAAACGUUAAGUUUGCUGGAGCGCUGCUGAGAACAGCUCUGGCUCAAUCUGUCCGGGUUUGUACCUGGGAGGGUCGUUGCUCAGCUGAAACUAAAAUUGCAUUGAAAUGUGAACUGGUUGGGGUUUUAUUUUCCCUCCUUUAUAAUGUUGUAACUCUAUGGAAACACGUGUUCUGGUCUUCUAUUUUCUUAGUAAAAUGCA